AUGAGUGCCUUAAUUCUUGGAUCAACUGGUUUGGUUGGUAAUGAAAUCUUGCAGCAAGUUAAUAAAGCUAAUUUCAUUGAGAAAUUGGUUACUGUUAGUCGUAAGAGACCCCAGUUAACUAGUGAUAAAUUAACAGCAAUUGUAGACAACGAUUCAACCAAAUGGCCAGAGUUGAUUAAAAAGCAACAGGAUUUAAAGAUUGGUUUUAGUGCAUUUGGAACAACCAGAUCAGCUGCUGGAUCAGCUGAAAACUUUGUUAAGAUUGAUCAUGGAGUUAAUUAUGAAUGUGCAAAAGCAGCAAAAGAAGCUGGAGUUGAAACUUAUGUAUUGAUUUCGAGUGUUGGAUCGAAUUCCAAAUCCUCGUUUUUAUAUUUGAAGACCAAGGGACAACUCGAAGAAGACAUUCUUGGUUUAGAUUUCCCCAAAACCAUUAUCUUAAGACCAGGAGUCUUAUUAGGAGAGAGACAAGCUGCUAAAAAUUUUGGAAAUAAUUUUGCAGCUUCUAUUGGAGGUUUAGCCCGAAAGUUUAAUUUAUCCUUAGGGAUGAAUCCAAUCAGCGGAGAAGAAGUUGCCAAGGCUGCUAUCCAUUUAUCCCAAAAUGCCAAAGAUAAGGUUGAAAUUAUUGAAGCUAGUGAUUUACUAAAAUUAGUUAAAGAAUUGAAAUAA